AUGCCAGAUUUCGAUGCUGCUCAAGCUCGGCAAGUCCCCAGAACCGGCCUCCCGCUCUGGAUCAUUGUUGGGCUGCCGGCCAGAGAGGGCCAAUACGCCAGAAACCCAUUCAAAUUGACCAUCGACAAGGCGAAGCCCGUCUUCGACGUGGCCAUAGAGGACAUCUACUACCGCAGGGAACUGCUCCCUCCCGGCGCUUUUAAUGUCGUGUUCGAGGACACGAAGCAGUCCGACGCGGUUGGGCCCCAGAAAAUCAUCGAGCACUACGUGAACGGGACCGUUGACGCGGUGAUGGGGCUGCCGUACGUCUUCGCGUUGGCCCCGAUCGCCAGAGUGUCGACAUUCUGGCACGGCGGUGUGCCCGUCUUCACCACAACGGCGAUGACCGAAGAACUGUCAAACAAAGAAGACUUUCCCCUCCUCACCCGCCUCGUCGGCAACUACAAGACGAUGGGCCAGCUGGUGAACGGCCUGAUCGCCAAGUACACCUGGCAGCACAUCUUCUUCCUAUUCCACGACCAUGUCCUCCAGCAAGAGAAGAAGAGCGGCAAAUCAGAAUGCUAUUUUGCGCUCAACACAAUUAAGACCACGCUCCAUAAUCAGACGAAAUGGGCGGUGGACACGUUUUCGGAGAAUAUGGCCUCCCCGGCCAGAAAGGCGUACACCACCAAGCUGUUGAAGGACGCCAGCGAUAAGGCUAAUGUCAUCAUCCUAUGCGCUUCGCCGGAAACUGUACGCGAGAUCAUGCUCGCCGCCCACGACCUCGGCAUGGCCACUUCGGGCGACUACGUCUUCAUCAACAUUGACGUCUCCACAGGCUCCCACGCCGAACAGCCAUGGCUGCGCACCAACGACACCGACCGGAAGAGCCCCGAGAACCUCAAGGCCAAGGAGGCUUAUAAAGCCCUGAAAACCAUCUCCCUGCGGCGCAGCGACCAGCAGGAGUACAAGGAGUUCGAGAAACGGGUCGUCGAACGGGCCAACAAGAAGUACCACUACAAGGAGAAGAUGCACAAGGAGUACGAGAUGAACAACUUCAUCUCGGCGUUCUACGACGCGGUGCUGCUGUACGCGAUCGCGCUCAACGAGACGCUGAAGGAGGGACUGGACCCGCGCAACGGGCACAACAUCACCAGCAAGAUGUGGGGCCGCACUUUUGCCGGCAUCACCGGCAACGUGUCGAUCGACAAGAACGGCGACCGGUACUCGGACUACUCACUCUUCGACCUCGACCCCGAUAAGGAUCGAUUUGUCGAAGUCGCCUACUACUCCGGGGCGGCGAACAAGCUCGAGUCGGUCGGCCCGUUGCACUGGAUCGGCGGCAAGCCACCCAAGGACCAGCCAAUCUGCGGAUAUGACAAGAGCAAAUGUCCAAAGGGCUACCCCCUGCACGUGUAUCUACUCGUUGCCGCCGGCGUCUUCAUCCUCGUCAUGUUUUUGGUGUUCGGCUGUUUCUACAGACGCUACCGGCUCGAGCAGGAGUUGGCGGCGAUGAGCUGGAAGAUUCGAUGGGAGGAACUCGACGGCGAGGAGAGCACAAAAAAGGAGAAGAAAAAGCGGAAACGAAAACACAACAAUUACGACUACGAGGGCGAAGCCUUGCUGCGGUCGUCGAGCCGCGGCAGCCUCAACUCCGACAAGUUCGACGAGGACGCGAUUGGGCUUGUGCGAAUGCGCCUGCGAAGCUCGAGCUCCGGGGCCACGCGCAAAAUUUCGGCGAUGAUCGACCGAAAGUUCUCCAUCUUCACCCGGAAAAAGUCGUCGCCGAACGCCGAGAAGAACGGCGGACCUGGCGAUGGCGAGACGUCGCCCCUCAACAAUCACCAAGAAGUCCGCUUCAACGACCGCAGGGUGUCCUCGCCGGUGUCGUCGAAUUCCGACUACCGCAAGAAGAACAGCAACGAGGAGUCGAUCUCGAAUAAGAAGGGCUCGGUCAGUCUGCGAGGGCGGAAGCUGUCCUUUGGCGGGCUGUCGUUUAAGAGCGGUGGCUCGGUGGAGACGAUCCAAAUGCAGAACAACGCGCAAAUCUACACGAAGACGGCCGUCUACAAGGGGGCCAUGGUGGCCAUCAAGCCCCUCUCCAUCGACACCAAGAAGUUCCCCAAGUUGGACAUCAACAGGGCCAUGCUGCUCGAGUUCAAGAAGAUGAAAGAUCUGCAGCACGAUCACAUCACGCGGUUUACGGGUGCAUGUGUCGACUGUCCUCACUACUGUAUCGUGACGGAAUACUGCCCGAAGGGAUCCCUCGAAGAUAUCCUCGAGAAUGAGAAGAUCGAACUCGACAAGAUGAUGAAGUACUCGCUGCUCCACGAUCUCGUCAAGGGCAUGUACUUCCUGCACAACUCCGAGCUGCGCACACACGGCCGCUUGAAAUCCACCAACUGCGUCGUCGACAGCAGAUUUGUCCUCAAGGUGACCGACUUUGGGCUGCACAAGCUGCACGCGCUCGAAGAUGACCCUCCAGACCUCGGCGAGCACGCCCUCGCGAAGAAAAAACUCUGGACAUCCCCCGAACUGCUUCGCGUCGGCAACAGUCGCCCGGUGGGUGGCACGCAAAAGGGAGACGUCUACUCGUUCGCCAUCAUCCUCCACGAGAUGCUGUGGCGACGGGGCGUCUUUGACCUUGGCGAAGACGUCGAGAUGACCCCAUCUGAAAUCCUCGAACGGGUGAUGAAGCCGCCGAUGACUGACGAGGACGUCUUCAGGCCGUACGUCGCCGAGCCGUUGGAAGGCGAAGAGCCGUACGAGCCGACGCUGAUGGACCUAAUGAUGACGUGCUGGCAGGAGAACCCGCACGAUCGCCCCGACUUUUCCACGAUCCGCAAGGUCGUCAGAAGUUUAAACAGAGAAAACGAGACCUCGAACCUGGUCGACAACCUGCUGAAGCGGAUGGAGCAGUACGCGAACAACCUGGAAGGGCUGGUGGAGGAGCGGACGCAAGAAUACCUCGCCGAGAAGAAGAAGGUCGAGGAGCUGCUCCACCAACUCUUGCCCCCAUCCGUUGCUGAUCAGCUGAUCGGCGGCCGGGCCGUCCAGGCCGAGACGUACGAGAGCGUGACCAUCUACUUCUCGGACAUUGUCGGCUUCACCAGCCUCUCCAGCAUGUCCACCCCCAUGCAAGUCGUCACCCUGCUCAACGACCUCUACCUCGCCUUUGACGGCGUCGUCGACAACUUCAAGGUGUACAAGGUCGAAACCAUCGGCGACGCGUACAUGGUCGUCUCCGGGCUGCCCGAACGUCGCGAUGAUCACGCGUCGCAGAUCGCCCAGAUGAGCAUCGCCCUCCUCCACAAGGUCAAGAACUUCGUCAUCAGGCAUCGGCCCAACGAGCAGCUGAAGUUGAGGAUUGGGAUGCAUUCUGGUUCCGUCGUUGCGGGUGUGGUCGGCUCGAAGAUGCCGCGCUACUGCCUCUUCGGCGACACGGUCAACACCGCCAGCCGGAUGGAGAGCAACGGCUUUCCCCUCCGCAUCCACGUCUCCAGCGAGGCGAAGAACAUGCUCGACCCCAGCGAGUUCCGGCUCGACCUGCGUGGCGAGGUCGAGAUGAAGGGCAAGGGGCUACAGACGACGUAUUGGCUCAAGGGCUACAAAGAGAUCGACAUCCCCGAUUUCGGGCCCGACUUCCGG